ACUGAGCUAAACCCUCAACCCCAUUUAAUGAACUUUUAAUCUCUAGAAUUUGGGUUUUCUUCAGAAUUUCUUUCUCUUUGUGAAAUUCCAUUUUAAUACCUUUUCAGUGACCUCUGUUUGUACUUAGCAGCUUGAGGUUUCUUUAUUUCCCUUGAUCAUAUUUAUAAUCAUCCUUUUGAAUUAUUUGUCUGAAAUUUCAUCUAAGUCAUUCUCAUCAGGGGCCAUUACUCUGCAAUUUAUAUUCUUGGGAGGGGACUACACCUUUUUGUUUUUCCUGUUACCAUUUUUAUUUGUUUGGAUUUGUUAUAAGGAGUUAGGUCAUUGAGUGAAUUUAUUUUCUAUAUAUAUUGCUUUAUUUACUUCCCUGUUUUGGAUCAGGCAGCAGGUUGGUGAGCAUUGGAGGCUCUGUCACAUAAGAUGAGCAGCACGGGAGUGGGCAAGUGAACUGGGGGACACAAUGCUCAAUAACAUGAAUGCUCACCUCCUGGAGGAAUGGGUAGCAUCCGCUACAAAGGCCAUGGACAAGCCAAGCUCGUCUGCAACUUCUCCUUCAGUGAACCUGGAUGUGACCUCCAACUUUGACAGAUUUUUUAAGAAUUUCAAGAGGGAAAGUAAAAUCAUCUCUGAGGACCAGAUUCAGUUGAUUGAAAACCACCUGAAAAAUAAAGAUACCCAGGAAGCACUUUCCGUAAUCAGUGAUGCAGUGAGAGAUAUUGAGAAUGCCCCACUGAACAUUGCUGUGACAGGGGAGUCUGGGGCAGGGAAGUCCACGUUCAUCAAUGCCCUGAGGGGACUGGGGCAUGAAGAAGAAGGUUCAGCUGCCACUGGGGCAGUGGAGACCACCAUGGAGAGAACACCAUACCAACACCCAAAGUUCCCCAGAGUGACAAUAUGGGACCUGCCCGGCAUUGGGUCCACCACCUUCAAACCAGAAAAUUACCUCACGGAAAUGAAGUUUCAAGAGUAUGAUUUCUUCAUCAUCAUCUCUGCUACGCGCUUCAAAGAAAAUGAUGCACAGCUGGCCAAAGCCAUUGCAAAGAUGAAUCUGAAUUUCUACUUUGUUCGAACCAAGGUGGAUAAUGAUAUAAGCAAUGAGCAAAGGAGUAAACCCAAGAGUUUCAAUAAGGAGAGUGUCCUGCAGAGAAUUCGGGAUGACAGUUUGAGACAUCUCUGUGAGGCUCUCUGCAGAAAUCCUCCAGUCUUCUUAGUCUCUAGCUUUGAUGUGGCUGAUUAUGACUUUCCCCAACUGCAGUCCACCCUCCUGAGUGAGCUCCCAGCCCACAAGCGCCACAUCUUCAUGUUGUCCCUGCAGAGUGUGACAGAGGACGCCAUUAACCUAAAGAGGGAUUCCCUGAAGCAGAAAGUCUAUCUAGAGGCCCUGAAGAGUGGGUUAAUAGCCACUCUUCCAUUAGGGGGCAUGUACAUAGAUGACAAUAUGGAAGAGACCUUGAAUCUCUACAGGUCUUACUUUGGUCUGGAUCAUGGCUCACUGAAAAAUAUUGCCAAGGACUUUAAUAUGUCUGUGAAUGACCUCGAGGCGUACAUCAAGUCUCCACAUCUGUUGAGAGAAGUCCAAGACAAGACCUUUCUUGAAAAACUAUGGGAAAACGUUGGAUUUGUUUCUUCAGUCACUGGGGGACGCUUUUACUUCAAGAAGACCAAUUAUUGGCAAAGUUACUUCCUUGAUACUGUGGCAAGUGAUGUCAAAGAUCUCCUGAAUAAAGAGCUCUUUGCAAAGAAGUCGGGAUCAUUCAGGUUUAACACCAGAAAAGUGAUUGUUGACUAUUCGUGGUGA